AGUUCGGAUCCCCCAUCCAGCUGUGAGCUUUAGCUGAUGGAAGGAACCGAGCAAAUGCAGUCCGCAGGAGACAAGAGUGAGAGCAGGAGCGCCCGGUUCUUCAUCUGCGCUACAACGGAGAGGGGUGGUGCUCGCGAUAUUUAGAGAACACAAAAGCGCUGUCUCUUUGACGCGUGUUUGAGUUCAGCGGCAGGAUGUGCGGCAGCAUCCUCUCGGAUCUUUAAAACCUGAAAAGCGCCUGUGGAUGCAACGAAAAGUACUGGAUACUCAAAGGCGGAGACUAAACCGGAGGAACACGUUAAAAAACGACUACUCAUUUUCGUUAUUCCUCCUUUUUAGGGUGGGGGAGCGGAGGGGGUGGGGGGUGGGGGGGGGGUUCUCCAUCAACUCUGCGGAGGAGGAGUGAACCAUAAAGAAGUUGGCGCGCGGCGUUAUAUUUAACCUUUUGGCUGCAAAAGUAGACACACAUCUCGCGGUUCUUUUUUCUUUACUUCUGAGAGGGGAUGAUUGGGAAGUGUCGGUGAGGCCCCUGGAGAGGCUUGGACACCGAAGACCGGGAGCCUGGGUGUCUGAUGAGACGGACCAGCGCAUUAGCGCACCACCUGGGAACUAUACGCUCCGCCAGACGCACCGAACCCACAGACCUACUCCUCUCUCUUCUCCCCCCACCCCCCACCCCCCUCCCCUCUGCUGCUCUCUUCUUUAUCUCUUCCCUCCUCGUCUUUUUUUUGUUGUGUCUCUUUAUGCUGAUGUGGACUUAAUAGCCACGACAAACACAGAUCAUGCGAUGACUGAGCGCGCUUUGGGCACAUCUACCGAGUCCAUUACAGGAGGUAAAUGAUGGCCGAAGAUGGGGGAAAUUUCUCCGGGAUCUCCGACGCCAGGGGCUCGGAGGGUCGCUCCUCUUUGCCGAGGACUUUUAUCCGCCUCAACGACCUGUCCGGGGCCAGAACAGGAGGCGGGGAGGGUGGAGAAUUGGUGGUGGAGCAGGCGUCUCCGGCGCCUGACGGGAUCUCUACAACCGGGGAGGAAGUGUCUGCGAACGGGGAUGAGAGCCUGCCCUACCCCGCCAUGGCCCCCGUGGUCUUCUUCUACCUGAAACAAACCACCCGGCCUCGGAGCUGGUGUCUUAAGAUGGUCAGCAAUCCAUGGUUCGAGCGAGCGUCCAUGCUGGUGAUCCUGCUGAACUGCGUGACGCUGGGCAUGUUUCAUCCCUGCGAGGACAUCGUCUGCGACUCUGAGAGGUGCAAGAUCCUGCAGAACUUCGAUGACUUCAUCUUUGCAUUCUUUGCCAUUGAGAUGGUGAUCAAGAUGGUGGCUCUGGGGAUUUUCGGCAAGAAGUGUUACCUUGGAGACACUUGGAACCGCUUGGACUUCUUCAUAGUAUUGGCGGGGAUGUUGGAGUACUCCCUCAACUUGCAGAACGUCAGUUUUUCAGCAGUGAGGACGGUUCGCGUGCUGAGACCUCUGAGAGCCAUCAACCGAGUGCCAAGUAUGCGCAUCCUGGUGACCCUGCUGCUGGACACCCUGCCUAUGUUGGGUAACGUGCUGCUGCUCUGCUUCUUUGUCUUCUUCAUAUUUGGCAUCGUGGGCGUCCAGCUGUGGAACGGCCUGCUCAGAAACCGCUGCUUCCUGGGCAACUUCUCCAUCCCUCUCUCUGUGGAGCUUGAGAAAUACUACCACACCGAAAACGACGACGAGAGCCCCUUCAUCUGCUCCAAGCCUCGAGAGAACGGCAUGAGGGACUGCGGCUCAGUGCCCAAGGUGUACAAGGAAGGAGGCCUGCAGUGCACCCUGGGCUUGGACUAUUACAACAGCACUGACAACAACACCUGCAUCAACUGGAACCAGUACUACACCAACUGCUCUGCUGGUCUGGUCAACCCCUUCAAGGGAGCCAUUAACUUCGACAACAUCUGCUACGCCUGGAUUGCCAUCUUUCAGGUGAUCACUCUGGAGGGCUGGGUGGACAUCAUGUACUUUGUGAUGGAUGCUCACUCCUUCUACAACUUCAUUUACUUCAUCCUACUCAUCAUUAUUGGCUCAUUCUUCAUGAUCAACCUGUGCCUGGUGGUCAUCGCCACUCAGUUCUCCGAGACCAAGCAGAGGGAGAGUCAACUGAUGAAGGAGCAACGGGUGCGCUUCAUGUCCAACGCUAGCACCCUGGCCUCCCUCUCCGAGCCGGGCUCCUGCUACGACGAGCUGCUCAAGUACCUGGUUCACAUCGUCCGCAAAGGGGCCAGACAAGUGGCCCAUAUCUGCAGGUUCCUGGCUCGGCGCGCUGGGCUUAAUAUCGCUGCCUCGCCCCCUGCGACGGAGCCCCAACGCAGCCAGAGGAGGAGGAGGAAGCCCUCCAGGCAGGGAUCUGUGUCGGUUCAUCACAUGGCACACCACUACCACCACCACCACCACUACCACCUGGGUAAUGGCAGCUUGAGGGGAGGAGGGGGCGUCAGGUCUCUGGAGGGUAGGGAUGUGGAGGUUGGUGCUCAAAACAACAACAGAGGGGCCCUUGUAGCAACCACCAGCGCCGGUCCUCUUGCUUUGGCUCCACCUCUUUCAGCAUCAGCAGCCACCUCUGAUACAACCCUGGCAACGUCGUCCCAUCCUGCUGGGGAAGCUGCCGUUUUCUCUUCAGUUUGCAGUGAAUUCCACGCAGAAACUCUUCGCUGCACCCCCUCGCCCACAAGCCUGGGGCCAACCGCAGACCCUUUCCCGCUUGUCCCGGCUCCCUUGUCUAGGGCCAUGAAGAGGAACUCUGUACCUUUUGCGGCUCCAGGGCCUAAGAACUACCCCACUCUGCAGGCCCGAGCCCUGGCAGAGUCCAGACGAGGAAGUGCUGCUGCCAGCACUCUGACUAACAUCGGCUUCAACCUGAACAUCCCGCCCAUGCCCCUGGAGAGACGGCCAUCAAGCCUGGUGGACACACACACUCCCACAGCCCAGCUCUCCUGCCAGCUGUCGGCUCGUGACCUCAGCACGACCAGCAGAGCCAUGGACACAGCCGCUCUGACCCUGGACCCCGAGAGUUGCCCCUACUGCGCCAAGGCCCUGGCCAACGAGUCCGAGGGCGGCACCGAGGGCAAUGAGACCCCCGGAGACUCCGACAGUGAGGGCGCGUACGAGUUCACCCAGGACCUCCACCACAGGGACAGGAGAGACAGCCGGCGGCCCACAAAGAAGCAGCGAGGGAUUGGCAAAACGUUUGCAAAGGUGGUCCGCUUCUGGAGGCUGGUGUGCGACACAUUCAGGAAGAUCGUGGACAGCAAGUACUUUGGACAAGGGAUUAUGAUCGCCAUUCUGAUCAACACUCUGAGCAUGGGGAUCGAGUACCAUGAGCAGCCUGACGAGCUGACCAAUGCGUUGGAGAUCAGUAACAUCGUGUUCACCAGCCUGUUCUCUCUGGAGAUGCUGUUAAAGGUUUUGGUCUACGGGCCCUUUGGCUACAUCAAGAAUCCCUACAAUAUCUUUGAUGGAAUCAUCGUGGUGAUCAGUGUGUGGGAGAUCGUGGGUCAGCAGGGUGGCGGUCUGUCGGUGCUCAGGACCUUCCGGCUGAUGCGGGUGCUGAAGCUGGUCCGUUUCAUGCCGGCCCUGCAGAGGCAGCUGGUGGUGCUGAUGAAGACCAUGGACAAUGUGGCCACCUUCUGCAUGCUGCUCAUGCUCUUCAUCUUCAUUUUCAGUAUCCUGGGGAUGCAUCUGUUUGGUUGUAAGUUUGGAUGUGAGGCCGAUGGAGACACUCUGCCAGAUAGAAAGAACUUUGACUCUCUUCUCUGGGCUAUAGUGACAGUCUUCCAGAUCCUAACCCAGGAGGACUGGAACAAGGUGUUAUACAACGGCAUGGCCUCCACCACUCCUGUCGCCGCCCUCUACUUCAUCGCGCUCAUGACCUUUGGCAACUACGUCCUAUUCAACUUGCUGGUGGCCAUCUUGGUUGAGGGUUUCCAGACCGAGGAAGUGACCAAGCGGGAGGACUUGCAUGUCCAGCCGAGUCUAAUUCAGCUGCCUGUAGACUCAGGGGGUGAUGCUUCAAAAUCAGGUUCAGAGAUCGACUCCUGUGCACGGAGUAUGGAGGAUGUUAACGGCAGCAAGAAGGAUUUAUCAGCGUCUGCAGUAGUGCCUGUAAAUGGUCAUGUGGACCUAAAGACCAGCCUGACUCCACCUCUAAUUACCCACACGGCUGCCACCCCCAUGCCCGUACCCAAGUUGCCCGUCGGAGCGGACCCCCUCCUUAGCUACGAGUCCAAUCGAGGCAGCAACGUCUCCAUAGACCCAGCCUGCUACGACAAAUCCCCGACCAGUGCUCCGAGCUCCUCCCCCCACGCGCCAUGGAGCUCUGGCAGCGGCUGGACCAGCCGCCGGUCCAGCUGGAACAGCGUUGGUCGCGCCCCGUCACUCAAACGCCAGAAGCGGCAGUCCGGGGAGCGGCGGUCUCUCCUCUCCGGGGAGGGAGGCUCCAGCUCGGAAGACGAGGGAGGUGGAGGAGAAGGAGAAGGCGGGCUGAUGGAGGAAGAUGACGCCUCUCUGGUCAGGACGGACUCCAUGUCCCAGUCGCAGAGAGGGCCCAGACACCGGAGGAUGGAGUCGGUGGAGACUCGGAGCUCCAUGGAUUUGCCCCCUGAUGCUCUGCUGCAGGUGCCAUACCUGCACCGAUCAGCCAGUAUGCACAGCUCCAGACCCCCCUCACUGGGCCACUUACAGCCCCCAGAGCACAGCGACUGCAAUGGGAAGGGCUCUCCGCCAGCCCUGGGCCCAACACACGUCUCUCUGGAGGACAACACUGAAGACGAAAAUGCAGAGGAAGAGGCCAACCUGGGUCGUUUUGCCAGACUGUUCCGCUGGCUGGAGAAGAAACAGCCCGAGUGGUGUCGACAGAGAGACACCUGGUCACUCUACCUCUUCCCUCCAGAGUCGAGGUUUCGGAUCCUGUGCAGUAAGAUCAUCAACCAUGGGAUGUUUGACCAUAUUGUGUUGGUCAUCAUCUUCCUCAACUGCAUUACUAUCGCCAUGGAGAGGCCUCACAUUACCACUAUUGAGCGGAUCUUCCUAAAACUGUCCAACUACAUCUUCACAGCGAUCUUUGUGGCUGAGAUGACUAUAAAGAUUGUAGCUCUGGGCUGGUGUUUCGGGAACAAGGCUUACCUGAGGAGCAGCUGGAACAUUCUGGAUGGGAUGUUAGUGAUGAUCUCUGUUAUUGACAUCCUGGUGUCUCUCAUCUCCAAUUCUGGCACCAAGAUCCUGGGCAUGCUCAGAGUGCUGAGGCUGCUGAGGACCCUGAGGCCGCUACGUGUGAUCAGCAGAGCCCCGGGGCUGAAGCUGGUGGUUGAGACUCUGAUGUCGUCGCUGAAACCCAUCGGCAACAUCGUUGUCAUCUGCUGUGCCUUCUUCAUCAUCUUUGGCAUCCUGGGAGUACAGCUCUUCAAGGGGAAGUUCUUUGUUUGUGUAGGCGACGACGUAAAGAACAUUACCAACAAGUCGAGCUGUUUGCAGGCCAACAACAAAUGGAUCAGACACAAGUACAACUUUGACAACCUGGGACAGGCCUUGAUGUCUCUGUUUGUUCUGGCGUCAAAAGACGGCUGGGUGGAUAUUAUGUAUGAUGGACUAGAUGCUGUAGGAGUCGAUCAACAGCCCAUAAUGAACUACAACCCGUGGAUGCUGCUCUACUUCAUCUCCUUCCUGCUGAUCGUGGCCUUCUUUGUGCUCAACAUGUUCGUGGGCGUGGUGGUGGAGAACUUCCACAAGUGCCGGCGCCACCAGGAGGCCGAGGAGGCCAAGAUCAGGGAGGAGAAGAGACUGAAACGCAUGGAGAAAAAGAGACGGAGUAAGGAGAAGGAGCUGGCUGAAGCUCAGAGUAAGCCCUACUACUCGGAUUACUCCCCCACUCGGCUGCUCAUCCACAAGAUGUGCACCAGCCGCUACCUGGACCUGUGCAUCACCAUCAUCAUCGGGCUCAACGUCAUCACCAUGUCCAUGGAGCACUACCAGCAGCCCCAGGAGUUGGACAAGGCGUUGACCAUCUGUAACUACAUCUUCACCCUCAUCUUUGUUCUGGAGUCGGUCUUCAAGCUAGUGGCCCUCGGCUUCCGACGCUUCUUCAAGGACAAGUGGAACCAGUUGGAUCUGGCCAUUGUGCUGCUGUCCAUCAUGGGCAUCACCCUGGAGGAGAUUGAUGGCAACACACUGCCCAUUAACCCCACCAUCAUCCGCAUCAUGAGGGUGCUGAGGAUCGCACGAGUUUUAAAGCUCUUGAAGAUGGCGGUGGGGAUGAGAGCUUUGCUGGACACCGUUAUGCAAGCCCUGCCUCAGGUGGGGAAUCUGGGUCUUCUCUUUAUGCUUCUCUUCUUCAUAUUCGCAGCGCUGGGAGUGGAGCUGUUUGGUGACUUGAUCUGUGAUGAACUCCACCCAUGUGAAGGUCUGGGCCGCUAUGCUACAUUCAAAAACUUUGGGAUGGCAUUUCUGCUGCUCUUCAGAGUUUCCACUGGAGACAACUGGAACGGCAUAAUGAAGGACACGUUGAGGGACUGCGCCGCUCAGGACAGCAGCACCUGCUACAACACUGUGGUCUCUCCCAUCUACUUUGUCUCCUUCGUGUUGACCGCUCAGUUUGUCCUGGUCAACGUUGUCAUUGCUGUCCUGAUGAAGCACCUGGAGGAGAGCAACAAGGAAGCCAAGGAGGAGGCAGAGCUGGAGGCAGAGUUGGAGCUGGAGCGCCAGAUAGAAGGGGACAUGGCCACCCGGUCCCCCCAGCUCCACCCUCUGGCGCUGGGCAUGGACCGGUCCAGUGCUGGGGGUUCCCCCUGGAGGUCCAGCGGAGGAGUGGACAGGGACCAGGACAGAGACUGUCCUACGGACUCACCCACUGCUGAUAUAACCAGAGACUCUGUUGACAUCAGAGAAGCCCCCCCUUCGUGCCUGGAGCCCCCGCUGGAGUUUGUCCAGCGGAGAGCCCAGUUUGACUCGGCCUCCCUGGGCGCCGAGGGUUCAAUGGAGGGAGAGUUGAGUUUGAUGGACAACCUGUCCGGCUCUAUCUGCCACUACUACGCGCUGCCCCCCAAGCUCGGCAAGCACAGCACCGACGAGAAGAUCCCUUUAGCGGAGAUGGAAGCUCUGUCUCUGGCCUCGGAGAAAUCCUGGUCCCUAGCUCUGACAGACGACUCGGCCGCUGGCGAUUUUAACCCCCUCUUUCUAACCAGUCUGGAAUGCAAUCUGGAGCAGCUGGAUCCUGGGGAGCCACUGGAGGACAACCUGCUGAGCGUCAGGAAGCCUGCGGUGGGACGCACACACUCCCUGCCCAACGACAGCUACAUGUCCCCCCCCCUGCCGACCUCUGGCAACACGGACCCGGCUCCAGCACACCUUUUAGCACAGACACAGGGGCCACAGCACAUACGGGGCACCCACAGAGCGCAAUCAGGCUCCAGUAGCUCAGUGUGUUCACAACCAGAGGAGGGUUCCCAGCGGCUGAGCGUCCCCGCAGACUGCUUCAGACCCAUCAGCCCCCACAGCCACUCCGACUCAGAGAGUAUACCACGACUACCACCUCCCAGAAGCGCACGCACACUCAGCCGCACGCUCCACAGACAGGUUGCAGUGUCUACUGAUUCUCAGGAGGCCCUGUGUUCCGAGGGAGGGGAGAGCAAUGAAGGACUUGUGAAUGUGGUCUCUCUGGGCCUCCCUCUAUCUCCCUCCGCCUCUCCCUCACCCUGCUCCCAUCAUCCUCAGCGGCCGCUUUCUCUCUGCCCGGUCCCCUCCCCUAAACCCCCGCGGCCCAGCAGCGUGCACACCCAGCUUUGUGAGCAGCACUGCCUCGCCUCCUACUCCCCUUCCUCCUCACCCCCUCCGCCCCUCCCAGCCAGGCUGCGGCGGCAGGACGAGGCCUCGGCGGACGAGGAAGUGUCCCUCAUCACCCACGCGGGGUUGGCCGCCAGUGAUGACGUCAUAGCGGACGACAGCGGCGGCUACGCCCGCGGUCCGUGUCUGAGGCAGCUGAAGCGGUUCCACAGCGCCGACGUGCAGGGCCACGGCGCCCCCCUGCCCCGCCCCCGCCCUUACUCCUGGUUGGACGACCUGCGGUGUCACUCGGACGAGGUGUGCUCAUCGGCUGAGUCCAGCGCCCAGACCAGCACCGCCUCCGCCUCCUCCGGGUUUGUGUCGCGGGCCAACAGCCUGCAGGCCCACGGCCUGACGUCCACUCAGACAUCGUUGCCCUCGCCCCGACGAAAGAAGAAGAUGAGCCCGCCGUGCAUCUCCGUGGACCCCCCGGACGGACUGGAGCCUCAGUCUGGCCUCUACUCGGGCCUCGGGGGCAUGGGACUGGGGGCGUUAGGGAUGCCCCCAGCUGUGCCCAGCCGGGACACCUGCCUGAGGAGGAGAGCACCCUCCAGUGACUCGAAGGACUCCUUUGACCUGGGAGUUGGAGAGGGCUCGGGACAGGAUGGAGGCACGCCAAACACCAACAACAACCCCAAGCUACUGACUCUUCCCAGAGAAGACAAGCUCUGAGCACUGAACCUGUAACACACACACACACACACACACACACACACACACACACACACACACACACACACACACACACACACACACACACACAGCUGGACAAAACCCUCUACACACACACACACACACAAACACGCGAUGCACACUGUGUAUCUGUGAUGGUCAUAGUUCUAGUAAUAAUGCUGUAGAGAGUAAUAAUGGUAUAGCUACAACAAACAUCCUUGGUUUCAUGAGUGCAGUACUGUAGUGGUGUGAGCGUCCCUAUGUCUUUGUAUUGUUACUGCCAAAACAAGCAGAGAAGAAGAGAGCACAUGAAACAACAACACAAAUAUGGCCGUUUUCUCUUCUGCUACGCCUGCAUGCCACUGGCUGCAGCUUGACCCCUGGAACAUCUGGAGUGACAUCAGCACCGGGGAUCUGGCGCCCCCUGUGGUCGCUGUCUGAACUGCCUGGGGUAAGACAGGUGGGGUAAGACAGGUGGGCCUCGCCCGGUCAGUGGAGGUACCAAGCAAUAUGAACGUUUUAGAGACACUAUUUUCUUAAAUUAUUGGGCCAUAGUGUUUGUACAGGAUGUUUUUUGUUUUUUUUAAAUUCAUUCGAUUGUUAUUUCCAUGUCUUUUUUGUGAUUUUAUUUAGGUUUUUUUGUCAAAAUGGUUUGUCUUUGUCUCUUCUUUUUUUCCCACCGUAGGAUAUUUGUAGCUUUCUUGGUUUACUAAGGAAAGUGAACGUUUUUCAAAGUGCUGAAAACAUGUAUUUGUAGGAAUAAUAUAUAAAUAAAUAUAUAUAAAAAAAAAACAAGUCAUUAAACUGAGCUUGGAUUUUUAAGCACACACA